UUUAAUUUCAUUCUGAGUUCUUAAUAAAAUGUAUUGUGUGAUAAUAAUAUUUUAAUCACAAAAGAAAAUAACAGAUUGAAAUAAACAGAUUGUUCACGUAGCACGACACAGACACGUUGCGUGCGUGAACGUGAUUGUUCAAUGAGUAGUAGGCGGCUAAGUAACGGUCAAUUUUAAGGCAUGCGUUCACAAAAUCACGAAAAUGGAUCGGUAUUUGAUCCGAAAAAUUCCUCGAGUUGAAGAAGACGUUCAAGAGGAAGAAAAAAUGCAAGAGGUAGUGGAUUCUGAUUCUGAUGUAGAAGAAGAGGAACGUCCUGGUCCAAGUCAACCCUUCACCUCUACUGAGGGCGCUGCUAGCCAUGAUGCUAGCACCCUGGGUGACUUAAGCAUGAACGACCCAGGAUGGUCCGAAAAGACCAAUAUUACAAAAAUAUCCAACUCGGAUGUUUGGAGUCCAGCAAAGAAGUUUCUGUAAGAGCUGGAUGGAACCAUAUCCGUGGUUGGAAUACAGUGUUUUCCAGGAUGCCGUCUUUUGCUUUGCCUGCAGGCAUUUUCCUCGGUGGAGGAGGGCACGGGUUUCAUCGGGAGCCAACGUAUACAACCAGUGGCUUUCAUAACUGGCGGAAAGCAACAGCAUCUUUUAAGGGCCAUCACGAAAGUAUGGGACACAAAUUUGCCAUGGAGGCAUGGACUGAGUUUAAGCUAAAAGCAAAAAGCGGUUCAAAAAUAACAAAUAUGCUGGAUAAAGGACAUUCGGUAUUGAUCCAGGAGAACAGAAGGUACAUGAUGGGCGUUGUGGAAAGCUUGCGCUAUACUGCCUGUCAGGGGAUCGCACAGCGAGGCCAUUGAAGAUGAGGAUUCAGCAAACAGGGGUAAUUUCCGCGAGUUGCUAUCUGUAAUUGGAAAAUUUGACAAAACCGUUCAGAAAAAGUUAGAUAACAACCCGUCAAAUGCAAAGUAUGUGCACCAUGACGUGCAGAAUGAGAUCAUCAAUGUAAUGGCAGAAAUGAUUAGGAAAAAAUUAAGGGAUGAGGUUAAGGACGCUGAACAUUUUGCCAUUUUGGUGGAUGAAAGCAAGACAUCAGCAAAAAAGAGCAAAUUUCAGUGAUCGUGCGUUAUUUGAACACGGAAUCAGAGAGAGUGGUGGAGGAAUUCUUGCAUUUCACCCCAGCAGAUGGACUAGACGCAAACUCGCUCUUUGCAAGCAUCAAGCAGACGCUCAGUCGGUGCGGUAUUGACCUGAAUUGUUGUGUUGGCCAGUGCUAUGAUGGUGCCUCAGUCAUGUCUGGAUGUAACAACGGAGUCCAAGAAAUUUUCAGAAGAGAGGUGCCGCAAGCAGUUUAUAUACACUGCCAUGCUCAUAGGCUUAACCUGGUGUUGGUGGACUGUGUGCAUAAUGUAGAUGCUGCCGCUGAGUUUUUUGAGACGUUGCAAACACUGUACAAGUUUUUUUCGGGGUCAGUGGUGCACGAUCUCUUUCUGAAGGCACAAAGGGAACUUUCAACGGCACAGCUCAUAGAGCUGAAGAGACUGAGUGACACUCGCUGGGCAUGUCAGUAUGAUGCUAUCUGUGCAGUCAAGAGAACUCUCCCGGCUAUCAGCGCUACCCUGCGUGACACUGUUCGCGACAAGAAUGCGAAACGGAGGACAGAGGCUAAAUCUGUCAGUUCCCUUAUGGAUGAGCAGUUUGUUCUGCAUUUAAUUAUUUUUGAGGAUGUUUUUAGAACUACCAAAUUCAUGUCCGAUGCGCUACAGUCUCCCAAUUUCGAUCUCUUGACAGCAGAUGACCUGGCCCAAUCUGUGAUCACUGCCAUGUCGGAGAAACGUACAGAUGACAACUGGGCAGCAAUCCGUAAGCAGGCAGGAGACAUGUGCGUCAAUACCGGGAUAGCUACUGUACAUCGUGAGAAAAGGCAGACCCAAACAGCUAAACAUCUGGAGGGCUUUAUUGUGGAGGCCCCGAUAGAAAGACCAGGCAUGGGCAGCAUGGAUGAACUGAAAACUCAGUCAUUCUAUCCUGUCUUAGACAGGUUGUUAAUGGAACUCCGGCGACGCUUUUCCAUCGAAGCAAAUGGUGUACUGGCAGGCUUGCCAGCCCUAAGCCCUAAUCACCCAUCAUUCCUUGACAAGCAAGUUAUUCUGCCCAUGGCUCGCCAUUAUGGGGUCAGCGAGGAGAAUUUGUGUGCAGAACUCCAUCAAGUUCGCCGGCUCCUGAAAAGGAAGGAAGAGCAAGGAUGCACCAUUAACAGCAACCAGGAGUUCCUAUCCCUUAUGCGGCCUUACAAAGACGCCUUCGUGGACCUCUACAAAUUGAUCUCCAUAUCGCUGACCCUGCCUGUAACAUCUGCGAGCUGCGAGCGCAGUUUUUCUUGUCUGCGUCGCUUGAAGAGCUACCUGAGGAAUAGCAGUGGGGAUGGCCGAACCAGUGACCUUGCACUUCUGGCGAUUAACCCUCUGCGAGCACGGGCCUUGGACAUCGACAGGAUCAUAGAUGCCUUCGCUCUCAACCACAACAACAGGCGCAUUGUCCUGAAGACGUAGGUGGAUACUGACACCUGAUCUGCUGGUUUGCCUGGAUUUUGGUUUUUCCUAAGGAUUUUUAAGCAUAGUUUUGUGUGCACUUUUUGAUCUCUUAUUAUUGUGGUUUUGAGGGCCUACUGUUUGGUUUCAUUCAUGUUUUGAUUGUGACCUAAAAUAAUAUACUCUUUUUGAAAGCAUUUCUGACUCUUUGCCUGUUUAAGUUAAUUCUAUCUGACAUUCUAAUCUGCCGUCUUUAGUUAGAAGUGUAUUGAACUUGGUAUGUUUAGUUUAAUUUGUCGCUCAUGGUAGCGGUGACCUGGUAGUCAUCUGGCGCAAACUUUAAUCCACACACUGAAGUAAGUGAAGUAUUUGGGAUUACGUUAUCUAUAACAUGCUGCAUCCAUUUUGACCGUCGGAGAUGAACGCGGCUUUGUGCGCGUCCGUCAGAAGUAGCCUAAUGACAAUAAUAAUACGAUCGAUUUGAAUGGCGCUUUUUAUGUACCCCAAAGACCCGUUAGAGAGCAAACGUGUAAACAUAUGUGACGAUAUGGUGGGGAGGUGUUGUAGUAGAGAAAAAUGAGACCCAUAUGCUAUCACCCUAAUUUCAUAGCACCCUCAGUAAAACGCCGAGCACCCCCAUAGCACCACCAGAAAAAAAUCUUUGGCGCCGCCACUGCCUGUCCCUCCAGCACCCGAGGGGGAGAGUUCAGAGAAGCUAGGAGGAAAAGACUGAAGCAAUCAUGCUAACCCCUCUUUGGUCAACCCUAUCAUGUUGGCUAACAUGCAAGUCCCGCCAUCUGCAACAAAAGUGAUGCCGCCGGUGUCAGAGUUAUUCGCAGCACCAACUAACUCUGCGGGUAAAGAGCCCUGCUAGCCAAAAGAGUUUGACUUUCCAGCCAGGCGUUUUGGAAAUGAGAACUUCAGCCCUUCCUUUAAGUCAGGUUGGUUUUCCCAGUGGUCGUGGCUACAUUACGUGUGGGAAACCGACACAGUAUUGUGCUUCUUGUGCUGCUCUGCUAUGGAGAAAAAGCUGUUCAGGGCAGACUGGAUAAUUAAUGCUGUCAACUUCAUCAAAUGAGGGUCUAGCAAUUGGCGAAAGGCAGGGGAAAAGUUUCGGGAGCAUAAAAGAUCUUGUUUCCAUACAGAAGCUAUAAGCAAGCUGGCAGCAUUGAAAAUGACCCCAAAUAAUGAGAUAAUGUCACAAGCAGUUGCUAAGGAUCAUAUGACUGCACAGACUGUUGUGGAGCUGGCCAUUCGAUCUGUGACAUUUUUAGGCGGCGAGGGGCUACCGCUGCGAGGACAGGAGCACCGUGAUGGGGUGUUUUGGCAGCUGAUGCUGGAGAGAACGUAUGACAAGAUACAAGAUGGUUUUAUUGUCAUAUACACAGCAAUUACAGAGCAGUCGCUGGCAAUGAAAUUCUGAAGUCUUGGGCUCCUCCAACAGUGCAAUAUAAGAGAAAGUAAAAGUAUAAGAGAAACACAAGUAGGAAAGCUGAGACUUAAAGAAUAAAAAUACAUAAAUAUGAUAAUAAAUAUAGUUGCAUGCAGCAAUGUGGGUGUCAAGCAUAAUGAAACGCGAUAAACUAAUUCUGCCGGACGGACGUAAUCUGCUAGGUGGCUACAUGACGACCGUCCCGGUAAUCGGUAAUAACGACGGCUGGUGGAAUGAACUAGAGCAUUAUGCGAGUACGUGUCAAUGUUUACCAAAUGGAAAAAUGACCCUAGCUAGUGGUAAGGGCGCAUUAUCGUCUGCCCGACAGAAAAAAUGGCACAAAUACAUAGGGGUAUUCGGAACAAUAUCCCUAAAAGAGACACAAUGUAAACAAGCAUCCGCUCAUAAGACUAUGAGCCAAGUUUGGUUUGGAAGGCCUUGCAGAGAAAUGAGCUCUCUUCCUGUUUGACGUCCCCCUGAGAUCGAAGGUCACCAAAUUGUUUGGAUGCCCCCAGAAUGAUGUCAUGAGUCUAUGUACCAAGUUUUGCUAUGAUAUGUUAAAUAGAUGCUGAGAACAGGCUUACUUCCUGUUUGGCGGCUUUGCUGUUAAGUUUGAUUGGCUGUCACGACCAAACGGUUUGGAAUUAGAAAAAGCUGUUCGGCUUGGUCUGAAGAUCAAAUACGGCAAGUUUCAUGAUGAUUGGACUAAUCUAGCAAGUUUGGCUAUGAUAUGUUAAAGAGUUGCUGAAAGCAGGCUUACUUCAUGUUUGGCAGCUUUGCCAUCAAGUUUGAUCAGCUGUCACGGACAAACGAUUUAGAAUUUGAAAAAGCUGUUUGGCAAAUUUGUUCGACUAGGUCUGAAGAUCAUAUAGGGCAAGGUUCAUGACGAUUGGACAUAAUCUGUGGCCUGUGGAUCUGUAAUAUUGAUAUUGACCAUUUUAAACAUGGCGGCCAAUUUCUGAUGUUGCCAUGGGAAAUAUUUUAUUAGCUAUAUGGGGCGGUCUGACAGUAUCACCAGACAUUGAGAAUGAGUUUGAAAUAUACUCAUGUGACGAGAGAGGAGUUAAAACACGUCAGUGUUAAUUAUAGCGCCUCCUAGAUGUCAAUGGUCACCAAAUGCAUUGAGUGUCACCAGGAUGAGGUCCUGGGUCU